CACACACAGUCUCCUCUGUCUCAUUAACAAGUUGAUAAAAAUGUUUCGAUAUUUUUUCUACAUCUAUUUUCUUGGGUUUAUAAUUUCAAUUUUAUUAGGAACAUCAAGAGGUGACAUUAACAAACAAUUAUUUGAGGAACAAGAAGCAGAUCGUGUAAUCGAGUUACCCGGUCAGCCACCAGUGAGUUUUAAACAGUAUGCUGGAUAUGUUACUGUUAAUGAGACCCAUGGAAGAGCACUUUUCUACUGGUUUUUUGAGGCAACUACCAACUCCAGCAAAAAGCCCUUACUUUUAUGGCUCAAUGGAGGCCCAGGAUGCUCCUCCAUUGGGUAUGGUGAAGCAGAGGAGUUAGGACCUUUCUUAACACAGAAAAAUAAGCCAGAGCUCAAGUUUAACCAUUUCACUUGGAAUAAAGCUACAAACCUAUUGUUCUUGGAAUCCCCUGUUGGUGUUGGAUUUUCAUACACAAACACCUCCACUGAUAUCAAAGAGCUUGGAGACACUGUUACAGCCCAAGAUUCAUAUAAAUUUCUGGUCAAUUGGUUUCGAAGAUUUCCACAGUUCAAGUCACAUAAAUUCUACAUUGCUGGUGAAAGUUACGCUGGGCACUAUGUUCCCCAGCUAGCAGAGCAAAUCUUUGACAACAAUAAGAAGGUCAAAAAAGAGGAUCGCAUAAAUUUCAAAGGAUUCAUGAUCGGGAAUGCAUUGAUAGACGAUGAAACAGACCAAAAAGGAAUGAUAGACUAUGCUUGGGAUCAUGCAGUGAUAUCAGAUCAUUUGUACGAUUCCAUUAAAAGAGUUUGCAAUUUCAGCUUGAAACCUGUAGGUGAUGACUGCGACAAUCUUCUAAAUCAGUACUUUGCUGUAUACAAAAUCUUAGACAUGUACAGCCUUUACGCCCCCAAUUGUGUUAACAGCAACUUCAGCACACUUCCAAACUCCUUAUCAACAAUUGAUGGAUGGCUCAAAAGACCUUUGGGGUACGAUCCUUGUCUCUCUGAUUACACAGAAACUUAUAUGAAUAGACCAGAUGUUCAAGCUGCACUUCACGCAAAUAUCACCAAAAUUCCUUAUCCAUGGACUCAUUGCAGCAAUAAUAUCUCAUUUUGGAGUGAUGCACCAUUUUCCAUGCUUCCUACCAUCAAAAAACUAAUUGAUAGUGGUCUACGCGUUUGGAUCUACAGUGGAGAUACCGAUGGUAGAAUCCCAGUCACUUCUACAAGAUUAACUUUGAAAAAACUUGGAUUGAAGAUUACUGAAGAUUGGACUCCUUGGUACACUAACAAUAAACAGGUUGGUGGAUGGACAGUUGGCUAUGAUGGAUUAUAUUUUGUAACAAUAAGAGGCGCUGGUCAUCAAGUUCCAACAUUCAAGCCAAAACAAGCUCUACAACUAGUUAGACAUUUCUUGUCCAAUAAAAAGCUGCCAUCUGCUCCGUUUUAGCAUUUUUAUAUAUAGAAGACAUUUCUAUAAGUAAUUUUUUUAAUCUCAUCAUACCAAAGAAAAAGGUUGUCAAUUUACAUUCUAUAUUCCCAUGUAAGGAAGUUACGGAAAAGAAUAAUAGAAACUUACAUGUUAGUUGAAACAUUUCUCUCUCUA